CUCGUUGAUCAAAUUCAAUAAAAUCCCACAGCUUUUCAGCAACCAAACUCUUCCGAAUUGAAUUGUUUACCAUUUCCAUCCCGCGGCAUUGGUCUAUCGUCAUCAAGGUACGCACAAAAAGUCUGCUACCACCAUCAACCACCUGUUGGCAUGCCGUUACACAUAACCUCACAAAAAAGCGGCGUCUAUUCGAGCAGCAUUGGCGCCAAAAUAAAACCAACCCAAAAUGCCGGCAUGAACGGACGUGCACGUGCGAAUUUCCCCUCUUUACCCCGGGGCGUGCGUACGACGAAGGAUUCGCGCGCGCAAAACUGAAACCGAUAGUGCGCCGACGCCAUUUGCCAUUCGUCCUUCGUGUUCGGUGCUCGGUGCUUCGUGCUUCGGGGAUGCUGUGGAUGCUGUGGUGGUGGUGGUGGUGGUCUCACUCCGAGGGAUGAUAGGGGAGGACCGGAAACACGACAGACACGACAUGAGCGGGCACGACAGUCGCGAUAUAGAGCGAGAGCGUGGUACAUAAUUAAUAAAACAAAUAACGAGCCUACCAAAGAAAAGAUGAGGGGGGAGAUGAGAAAGGAUGAUGAUUGGUAGUGGUAGUGCAGCAGUAGUGCCAAACACACAUACAGGAUGGAGGCGGCCGGAGUGGGGCUGCUGCUGCUGCUGCAGUUGGUCUGGCAUGUGGACUGUGGCACAGGGAAGAUCCCACUUCAUCGACCACACGCUCACUAUCGGCUGCUCCACUGGUUGUGGUUGUUGGUGGGGCAGAAGAGAGCAGGAGAUCAGGUGGCUUAGGGAGGAUGGGUAGGCAAAAAUAUGGAACAGGAAAAACACACCGGGACCGAGGGCUCUCGAAGCUCGUGGUUCGUCGUGGGGUUGAAUCGAGAGUGAAGUGUUUUUCGCUGCGCUGCAAGAAGCAACUCCAUUUAGAAGGGGGGCUCGCUGUGACGGUGACUGGAUGCUGGAUGCUGUGCGGAAGUGCGAGAAAGGAAACGGAAAUGCGAAAAGCAUCAUUCCCUUUCUCCCGCGCCGAGGGCACCGAGUACGAAGGGGGAGGCAUCCAGCAUUGACAUCAAUAAUAAAAACAUAAAACGAAAUGGGGAAAAAAGGAACAAAACAGAGCAAAAACAAACAUUCUCACCACGGCACACACACAAACACACACGGAAGGAACUAGAAGGACUAAAACAAGAACCUGUCCUUUUGGGUUUGUUUUUUUCUUCUUUGUCACCUUCCCGUCCCCGUUUGGCUCCCGCGUCGUAUCGCACCGAACGCAAAUCGAAGUGGGGCCCAUUGCUUGCGCCUUCUCGAAGUGUUUUGCCUGCCUGUCUGCCUGUUCAGUUGCAUCGGAGAUUCGGCCGUGAGCGGACGCGCGCUUGUUGCUGGUGACGAGCACUGCCAUUCGCGCAGCGUGCGUGUUUUGCCUGUGCGGUAGCGCAUAGGGUCGGGAAAAGGCUUCCGGUUUUCCGGCCAGGCCGUGUGAACUUGAAGUUUGUGCUGCAGGCAGUUUCCUUCUUUCGUUCGCUUUUCUCGUUCCGCUUCAGCUGCAAAGCAAACCAAACAAAAAAAAAAAAAAGAAGCGGAAAAUCGAGGUGCCAGGGACGUGGAAAAUGGGUACUCGCGCGUACUUGCUUCGUUGGGGCCACCCCGUUCGCUCUUUAAAACUUUGAUGAGGAUUAAUUGCACUUUCGUAGCCGGCGUUUUAAAGUGUCGUUGAGUUCCUGGUUCCUGGAUGGGUGGGUGGAACGUUCCUGCUGCUUGGCGAAUAACCUACCUGGCUUGGGUUGCGGGAUGCCAUCACAGCCCCGUGUUAAUAAGCUAAAGCGAAAGGCAAAACUGGUGCUCCGGGAGUCGUAGCUGUAAAGUGUGUUGCUCUGUAUUGCUGUGUGUGUGACUGUGUGUGCAAUUGUGUUUAAGGGUCAAGAUUUUGCCUUUUCGCCUCGGAUUGGCAUUUGUGUACCGCGCGCGCGUGUGUGUUUGUGCCAGUGUCGAAUGUGUCUUGCCGUGUCGUCCCCCGAGGGGAAUUAAGCAGUAGAUUGGAACGGAACUGCUGCACGAGGUGGUGGUGGCAGUGGCAGUGGCAUACCGUCACCGGUUCGGCUCACUAAUCCCAAGCACUGCUGGCACUUGCAAAUGGAUCCGGCGCUGGGGCUGGUGAUGUGGACCCGGACGCCAAAGUAUCCAAUCAAAACUACAAAACGAGAUUCGAAAAAGGCAUUGGUCACAGGAGCACCCUUGAACGUGCCAGCACGUGCCGCUCUAUCGAAAGGAUAAACCACGUUUUCCCCGUUUCCGAACGGUGUUGGAGGUGGUGUUCCCGCGGCUUCCUGCACAGGCUCGGUACGGACGCCAGUCGAUGGCAGCGGCUUACGGCGAGCAGUCGAACCAGCUCCAACGGAACGCUCAACACGCUCAAGAGGAUGCGUCGCACAACGGCCGGCUCGAGUGGUUACGUGCCGGUGGUGCUGAUGGUGCUGCUGCUGCUGGUGCUUUUCGACACGCUGCUGGCAAGUGAAAGUGCCGCCAAUCGGAAGUCCAGCGUGCAAACGAACGAGCACAAUCGGAACAUCAUCAAUACGGUGUUUGAGCGGACGCGACCGGCUGGCAGUGAGCGUCGUGCCCGCGAGGUGACGAUACUGGGACUGUUUGAGUUGAGCUCGAGGGAGGGAGCGACUCGCCGGGAGGGGCUCAGCGAGCUGGCGGCGGCACAGCUGGCCGUACAGCACAUCAACCGGCGUGGGCUGCUGCUCGGGUACAAGCUGAAGCUCAUCACGAACGAUACGAAGUGCGAUCCGGGCGUUGGAGUUGAUCGGUUCUUUCACGCGCUCUACACGCAUCAAAGCAAGCGGAUCAUCAUGGUGCUCGGGUCAGCCUGCUCGGAAGUUACCGAGAGUCUGGCGAAGAUCGUUCCCUACUGGAAUAUCCUUCAGGUCUCGUUCGGUUCCACCUCCCCAGCAUUGAGUGAUCGGCGCGAGUUCCCCCUCUUCUACCGCACCGUCGCACCGGACUCAUCGCACCACCCCGCCCGGAUAGCGUUUCUGAUGCAUUUCGGCUGGGACACGGUGGCAACCUUCUCCCAAAACGAAGAAGGCUACUCGCUCGCGGUAAACGAUCUCGUGACCGAGCUCGAGCGGGCCAACAUUACCUGCGCGGCGACGAUUUCCUUUGCCGAAACUGACUUUAAGGAACAGCUGAAGCUGCUGCGGGACCGUGAUGUGCGAGUGAUUAUCGGAAGCUUUUCGCAUGAAAUUGCCCCGCAAGUGUUCUGCGAGGUCUACAAUCUUGGUAUGUACGGUGCAGAGUACGCCUGGAUACUACAGGACACGUACAUCUCGUCCUGGUGGUUGGCGGGCGACUUACCCGAGACGGGUAGUGCACCAUGCACCUCCCGGGCACUGCUGACGGCGGUGGAGAACUUAAUAAUCGUCUCGAGCUACAAUAGCAUCGUUGGCAUGGGCACUGCCCUGAGUGGAUUGACCAACGACAUCUUUCUGCAGAAGCUGCGGGAAAUGAACGUCACCGGUGCGGUGUCCCAGUUUGCGCCGCAAACGUACGAUGCGGUGUGGGCGAUGGCGCUGGCAUUGCGCGGUGCCGAACGGUCCUGGUCCCAGUCGGUGCCGCACCGGGUCCGGCUGGCCGAUUACGACUACACGCGGUACGAUAUCGCUCAGGAGCUGUUGCGCCAGUUCGAUCUGCUCAAGUUUAAUGGAAUCUCGGGACCGGUUUCGUUCGAGGGUGCGGACCGAAUUGGGACGACCUCGUUCCAUCAGAUCCGGGCAGGGCAGCUGGAGAUGAUUGCGUUUUACUAUCCUAAGAAUGCGACGCUCGACUUUGGCUGCCGGUACUGUGUGCCGAUCGUGUGGCCGGGGGGCCAGGUGCCGAUUGCGAAGAGGAUACUGCGGCUGAGGGUGGAUACGAUCGAUCCGUUUGCGUUCUACACGGUGGUGAUACUGUCGCUGAUCGGGAUUGGGAUUUCGGUGCUGUUUUUGGGACUGAAUUUGAGGUUCCGGAAGUUGAAAGCCAUCAAGCUAUCGAGUCCCAAGCUUAGCACGAUCACUGUCUGCGGUUGUAUGCUCGUGUACACGGCCACCAUUCUGCUCGGCCUGGACCAUUCCACACUACCCUGGUCGAGCGUUACCUUCUCCACCAUCUGUAUGGCAAGGAUCUACUUCCUGUCGGCGGGUUUUUCACUUGCCUUUGGCUCAAUGUUUGCAAAAACGUUCCGGGUCUAUCGCAUCUUCACGCACAGCGCCGGAGGACUUUGUCGGGACAAGAUCCUGCGAGACACGCAGCUUAUCUCGGUGAUCGGUGCACUGCUGCUUGUGGAUGCGUUCGUCGUCUCGUUCUGGAUGGCGGCCGAUCCGAUGGAACGGCAUCUGCACAACCUUUCCCUGGAGAUCAGUACCACCGAUCGGAGUGUGGUGUUCCUUCCCCAGGUGGAACUCUGCCGCUCAAGGCACUACGAAAGCUGGCUGGGCAUGCUGUACGCUUACAAGGGACUACUCCUGCUGGUCGGUGUGUAUAUGGCGUGGCAGACGAGGAACGUGAAGAUAUCGGCACUGAACGAUUCGCAGUACAUUGGCAUCUCGGUGUACAGUGUGGUGAUCACCAGUGCGAGUGUGGUCGUGCUAGCGAACCUUCUCUACGAGCGGGUGACGCUAGCGUUCAUCAUAACGGCGGGCUUUGUGUUGAUCUCAACGACGGCCACACUUUGUUUGCUGUUUCUGCCCAAGAUUAAGGACAUCUUUGAGAAGGGCGAAGUGUACGAUCCGAUCAUUCACAGCAUGGGGCUGAAGAUGGAGUUCAAUACGCGCCGGUUUGUGCUGGACGAUCGUCGGGAGCUUCAAUUCCGGGUGGAGGUACAGAAUCGAGUCUACCGGAAGGAGUUGGAGCUGUUGGACGCCGAAAUUUGCCGCCUGGAGCGAGCACUUCAGGAGCGAUCGCCACAAAGUUCGCCGCUUUCUUCUGAACCCAACCUGCCCGACUCACGACCUUGCGCGAUCGCCCGGCCUCACGGGUCUAGUGGACUGCCCAUGCUGCUGCUGUCGGUGCUUCCACCGAUAAUUCCGCGUGCCAGCUGGCCCUCGGUCGAUCCAAUGCUUUCGCCCAUGAAGCGGAACAUCGCUUUCAGCUCGCAGCCCAAAAUCGAUCCAGCAGUAACGCUAGCCCCAACCGGUAGCCGUGAGCGCAUUCUAACCUCCAGCAGUCGAGUUGGAAGCGACGAACCUCACACACUCCCCAAUGGAUCGAGUUCCGGUGUGAUGGGCAAGAUAAGGCACAUGUUUGCCCCACGAUUGCACAAAACUCCCUCGGCCACGAUGCUCGGAGGCACGGGUUCAUCGACGAGCGCGAUACGCAAAUCGGCCCUAGCCAUCUUCAACGAAAUCGACACCGAAGACGAUCUGCCCCAGUCGAUCUACACCAUCGACAAACCGACCAGGGAGGAGCUUACACUGACCGGGUCCGAACCGCGCGUUAACUUUGUGCUACCACCGAACGGGUGGAGACGGUCCUCGACGGUGCAGCAGCAAGGUCCGGUGAGGGAUCGUAUCCGAGGUUCGCCCCGUUUCCCGCACCGUAUCUGCCCGCAGACGACGAGCCUUACGGAACUGGGCAUCGAGCGACCGCGCAUCAGCUUCCUCACGGUCAAAAGCUGUGAGCAGAUCCACGGCAAACCGUGCGAAUCGCGCACCAAGUGGAAAUCGAUGGACUCGUUCUCGAAGAGCGUCGGUUCGCAGUAAUUCGUUGCAAGGGUCGUUAAACAGCAAUGUUCUGUGAACGUGAAUGCUAAAAAUCGCUCAAUGAGUUAGAAGUUCUCAGCCGUGUUGAGUGUGCUGUGUAGCGUAACAAUCAGUAACAACGUGUUCGUUGAGAAUCCUUCCCCCGCCUCACAAACAGAGCUUAUCCCCUCUCCACACAAAACCAAUUCGGAUGUUUGUUGUGCAAACCCACACUGUUCUUCGCUUUUUCUACGCUGUUUAGUGUGUGUAUGUCCUAAGAAAGAACAAAAAAAGAAUCAAACCAUCACUCGUCAAUC